AUGUCCCUCUGUGGGAUCCUCUUCAAUGGGAAAACUUUGAUUAGCGUUGUAAUUCUAUCAAUUUUGACGCAAAUCGACUGGUCCAAUUUUUCGCUUCAAUUUCAAGUUAAUCAGAACGGACUGGACUUUAGGUAGGUUGAAAAAUAUCUGAUGAGAAAAUAGUAUUGGCAAGGAGUAGAGGCGAGAGACACAGAAGGUUUCAAGAGAACUUAGAGAAAUGAAGACAUCUUUCAUUGUCUGGCGUCUCUUCGGGCCGCGGUUGAUCUCUCGCUUCUCUAUUUUCUAUUUUCGCUUGAGCGGAAGCUAGAGACCAAGAGUGGCCUAAAGAGACUCGAGACCACAAAAAACCUCUAUUUCUCUGACGUCUCUCCCGGCUUCCGUAAAUCUAUCGCAUCUACAUAUUUUUAAUUGUUUUUCUCAGGAUAAAAUUGAAAGAAGAUCUCAAAAUAUUGGAAAAUGAUAGUCGUGGAGAGACUACCAAUAAGAGGAUUGCUAUUGUCGAUGGUCAUGGAGACAAGGUUCGUGUUGCUCAUGUUAGAGGAUGGAUCCGGUUGUUUUCUUGUUUGGAAAAAAAUUUUUAAAAAGAAGAUUUUAAGGCCGCUUACACUUAUAUGAAGCACAUUCGAGAGGUUUUCGAAAUGCUGGGUUAUGAGGUUCGUUUUUUUUUUCGAAUUUUUAUUUCACACUUUGGAGAUCUUAUCCAAUGUUAAAUACAUAUUUAGGUGAAUUUUUUCAAAAAAAAAAUAAUUAAAAAAUUGGCUGAAUGUGUUUCCUAAUCAAAAAAGUCACUGCUUUUUCCUCAUAAGUUCGAUGUUUGGUCAUAGGUUUCAUGUUCUCAGAAAGAUUUUUCCAGAUAAAAACGGGGAAUAUCACUGAAAAAGAAGAUUGGGACGUGAUGUGGUACCACGACUACACGUUUUCCAAUGAGCCGUUCAAAUCGAUGGCUUUCAAGGCCGAUGAGAAGAAAAUCGUGAACCAUGUGCCUGGAUCUGGGUUCUACACUAGUAAGGUUUAUGAUUCUAUAUACAAAUUGGAAAACUAACCAAAAAAAGCUUCAAACUGAAGGUAAAAAAAUGGGUUGGAGCAAAAAAAGUUUCCUGAAAAAAAAUCAUUAUACAUAUUUGAAAAUUUUAACUUGUUGUAUGUGAAAUAAAUAUGAAAAAGGUGCUCACAGUUUCCAUUCAGGUAUCCCUGGCCACCAGUGGCCUUCAAAAAGGUGUUCCCGAAGCCUUCCAAUUACCUCAGGAGAAAACGAAAUUUUUGAAGUUUGUUGAAGCGAAUCCGGACUUUCUCUGGGUUCAGAAGGAUAAUAAUCACAGGUAGGAAGGAACCAAACUUCAAGAAAAAAGAUCAGAAAUAAGCUGGACGCUUGGGAAUACCCUCGUUUUGAGAUGUAAUCAAUUUUUGUCCGAUUUUCAAUUAUUUGGAAGCGCUCAAGCUCCGUCCCUAAUGAUGCGAUGAACCAAUCAGAAAGCGAUUUUUCUAGAGCGUUUUCGAAUGAUCUCAUUGUACUUGACACUCAAAAUCUUAACAACUAAGUUUCGUUGAUAGUUUCAUCGGAACUCGGACUUUGGUAACGCGAAUCGGACGUGUCGAAGCAACUCUAGUGACCACUUAGGUAGCGUCAGCACUCUUAAGGGAUCCCUAGAAGUCCUCAGAAACGUCCGGAGCACGACCGGUUCUCGUUACACAGGCUUUUGCGUCAGGCCGGGCUUUUGGGCCUCAUUUUUGAAAAAAAGUUUGCGCGGGCUUGGGCCAGAUCAGGCUUCGAAAAAAUUUGAAAAAAAAAUUUGGCGAUAGGCAGACGGGCCGGCCCUUGCACAAACCUGUCGUUACCGAGAUCCGAAAAAUGAUCUUUUUUCACCACAAGGAAAAUUAACUUAAUUAUAUUUUUUGACUUGAAAUGCGUUCCAUGGCUAAUUAUCUGCAGGAAUAUUCAAAUAAAACGAGUUGAAGAAAUGGAUCUCGAAAAGAAAGGAACGUUCGUCCAGAGAUUUGUUGAAAAUCCGCUUCUCAUUGAUAAUCGGUUGGUUUUAGGAAAUCAAUCAUUUUUUUCUUGAUAUGAGAUUUUAGAAAAUUCGAUACUGGAAUUUACACGGUCGUCACGUCGUUAUUACCGCUGCGUGUUUAUAUUUACGAAGGGGAUGUUCUUAUCAGGUAUUACUAUAAUCCAACUAAAGUUUGGACUUAUGAAAAGGUUUCUCAAUGUUGAAUGUUCUGAUGCGAACAGAAAUUAUUUUCCUUCUGUGAAAUUUCUCCUACACGUUUUCAAUUGCUCAACUGAGUUAUUGAUGCGAAAAAAAAACUUCAUUCUGUGUUUGUAAAAACCUCUUUUAAAUACCUUUCUCAAUUUCAUAUCUCAUAUCUCGGAAUUGUUUUUGUUAUUCUUUUUUAUUAGUUUGUUUUGGUGGAAAAAUUUCAACGCUGAAUGUGCAUUUUUGUAGUUUUUUUUAGAUUAUUUUCGAUUUUUUUUUUCAAUUCGAGCAAAGCGUUUAUAUGCAACUUCACAGUGUUUUUCGUAAUAUUUUUCAAAAUAAGCUCUUUCGGAUGAUAUGAUAACAUUGAAAACUAGGCAAAAUUUGUCAUAUAUCGAAUUUGAAACGUAUAAUGAUCGGUAAAUUCAUCAACAAAUUUCCUAAACGUUAUAAAUGUUUUAAAUGGUGGUUGAUUCUAGAAAUUUUUUUAUGAUUACUUUAUUUCUUUUUUAGUUUUCAUUAUCAUUAAAAAGCAGUUCAUGGCCGGCAAAAGGGAGAGGCUCGAAAAAGGCCGCAGAAAGGCAGCAAAGAAGCCCCUUUAUCGGGCCUUCCAAUUUUUUCUGGGAUUUUAAACGCUCGAGAAAUGGUGGAAAAAAGGAGAGGCAGCAAUUUGGUGCAUACGGGCCGAUAAAAUGGCUCAAAAAGGCAGCAAAAAUGGAACCUUUGUCACCCUCAAAGGAACAUUUCUAUGGAGUCUUUUUCCACCCUUUCCGACUUUGCCUAUUCUGGAUGAUUCUUUUUCCAGGUUCUGUCCAAAAGAUUAUGAACCUUUUGACGUGAAAGAUGUUGACAAAUACGUGGUCGGCGAUGAUUAUACACCAAUUUGGGAGGUAAAAAUCUUGAUUUUUCAUAAUAAUCUUUUUUCAGAUUCCAUCUUUGGACCAGUACUUCAACAAGCAAAAAACGUCUUUCAAACAUACGAUUGACGCAUAUUUGGGUUCUAAAGGAUUAGAUUCGUCGGUUAUUUGGCGACAAAUCGGUAGCAUCAUCGGGGAGGUCGGAUUUGAGCCAUUCUCCGUGCGGCUGAACUGAUUAUCAUCAGUUUUUAUAGGUAUUCAGAAAUCAGCAAUCCCAAAUGCUGUCCGCUCUGCAAGCUUCUCAACUCAAGGCCAAAUACUUUGAACUGAGUCGUUUCGAUUUUGUGGUAGAUGAUCAGCUGAACGUGUUCCUCAUGGAGGUUUCAAGAACUGAAAAGGUUGCAGAAUGUGAUAUAUUUUCAGGCGAAUAUGUCCCCGAACUUGUCUUCGGGCCAUUUCAAACAAAAUCAAGUUUUAUAUGAGCAAGUUCUGAUGAGCGUCAUGUCGUUGACCGGCUUGGCUCAACAUUUGACCAAGGAGACCAAGGAGACACUUUUGUUGGUUUCAGUUUUUUAAAAGACUUUUUAUAGUCUGUGUACCCCGACUUGAAAUUUCACUGAACGACAUUCCGCUGUGCCGCUGCGCGCCUUUGCGAAUCUUGGUCGCGCUUUUAAUUUUUUAUUUUUUAUUAAGGUACUCUACUUUCAUGUGCUCUCGCAGCAAUAACAGUCAAUUGAAAGCGUGACCUAGAAUCGAAAAACGUUUCGCGAACGCACGCAGCGGAACAGCGGAAUGUCGUUCCGUGAAAUUUCAAGUCGUGGUACACAGACUAUAGUUUCUGAGAAGCUUUUCUGUGAAAAGAUCUUGUUAUCGAAUCGUGAUCGUUUAUAGAAAAAAAUAAUCAAAAUUAAAGUUUUUGGCUUGCUAGAUAUUUUCCGAAGCUUUUCGUUGAUCUGAAGAAAAUUCAUUUUCAAAGCUCGGAAAGGCUGCAUCUACUUCUCACUAUUACUCCACUGAUAACUUUUUAUUCAUAAAUCAAUUUUUUAAAUCAAAAAUUCUAUGACUUCAGUCCUUCAGAAAACAUAAAGAAGCUCUGUUUUUACUCAAAUCCAAUAUUGUUUCAACAACGUUGGAUUUGUUUCAAAAAUAACUUUCGUAUAUUGAUUGAAUCAGAAAAAUAAUAUUUCCACAGUCGAAAGUGUAGGAAAAAAAGCAAUUUUUAAACUUUCUGAUAGAAUUUUUGAACCCUAUUUUUUUGAACUAAAAAAAUAAGAUGAUUAGUUUUUCACAACCUUUUUUUCUCAUACUUUUUUUCAUCUUCCAGAAAACGGGAAGGGAGCCAAAAUCCAUUAGUUUCUGAUCGAGAUGUUCGAAUUCCGCUGAAAAUUUGCGUCGAUGGCGGUUGUAAUCGCUGCGAUUCGUCUUUGGUUUGUUUUUUUUUGAAAAAUAUUCAAUUUGAAAUCUCAGGAAUGUGAGCUCUGUGGGCAGUGCAUGACGGAAAUGACGGCGGAUUUUCUGAAAUCUGUGUACUUGGAGCAGCUGAACCGCAGAAAUAUGAGAAGGAUCGCCCUGGACUAUAGUGUUUCAAAGGUAUUUGUCGAAAAUGAAUGGUAAAAUAGAUUUAGAACGGGAAAAAAGUUUCGAGCAUUUUUCUCCAUUUGAAUAUUUUGAAUAUUUUUUCAGUUGCUUUCGUAGAAUUCCUCGCUCUGAAAAACUUCGGAUUCUGAUGAAAUUUAGGGUUUUUACCAAAAAAAUACAUAAUAAUUAUGAUUAAAAUCGAAAAUGGUUUUUUUAAAUCUUUUUUUCUUUAACAAUGCACAUUCUACCAUGCUAAGACAAUAUUUAAAAAAACUUUUUUUAUUUUUCGAAAAAUCCCUCUUACUUUCAAAAUAAGCUCAAAAAAACCCGAGCAAAAUCUCUGUUUAUUUUUCAACCACACCCAGCCCUUUACCGAAUUUCCUAAGGCGACCCCCCAAUUGUUUGGCACGUUUUGAAGAGCUCCCGUGAGCAGCAGAGCACACAAAUUUCGAGUGUGCUCAAAACAAAUCUGGCUUUCGAAGAACACCUUGAAUAUAUCAUAUAUUACAAGAAUAACUUCCUUUUAAAAUUAUAAUCAAAUAACUUUUUUUUUAUUACAGCCUUUGACGAAAGAGGAUCGACUCUUAGCGGCUUGGCUCAAGGCAAAGUGUGAACUGGACGGUGCUUGGUGUUGAUUCACGUGUUUUUUUAUUCUAGUCAUCCGAAAAAAAUAAUAAUAAUUAAAAUAAAAUAAUUUUUUUCAAAAAUUGUUUUAUUGUUUAUAUUCCUUCGUUCCCCAAAAGUUUCCGCGCUUAUCAAUACCUUGUUAUCGCUGAGUCAAUAAUUUUUUUCAUGUUAACACGCAAAGUACAAUUCCGCUCACGGCAAAUGUACUAAAAAUUGGGAAGAAAAUGAACGCGUCGUGGCGGACGCGACGCAACACGCGCCGCGUCCAACGUUUCUCGAUUGCCGGCGCCUCGCUCGUCUCGCUCCUCUUUUUUUCUCCCUUUUUCCCGCGUUUGAUUGCGUUUUGAUUGAUCUGGGUUUUUUUCUAUUGCUUGUUUGAGGUUGCGAUUAAUAUCAAGGCUUUGUAUAGUGUGUUCCGCGCGAGACGAUCACGUUUUCAAAAAUUGGCAGAAAAAAGCUAGCGUAAAAUAGAAUUUUUUUUUUGCACUUUUGCUUUACAAAAAUUAUAAAACAAACAGCAAAAAACAAAAAUCUUGAAACGAAGAUGUUAAAGCUUGAGCUAGUUUGGUAAACGGUCUUCUUUGCGGAAAAUAAAACGUGAAAAGCUGGCAAAUUAUUUUUAUUUUUUUCGUUUCAAUUUUGUUUUGCAAAAAUGAUAAUAGUCUGUUCUAAAGUAUAUAAGGAGGUUUUUGAAAGUCUAGCCGUUUCACAUGGCCUGAUUGAACAUCAAAAAGGACUAUUAACUUUUGGAAAUUUCCAAGAAAGUUGUCCAUGACUUUUCAAAACCACGGCAAGGAUUUUUGAACAAACUGUUGCUUCAAAAAGUCGCUGAAAUCCUGGUUUAUAUCGAUUCAAAUUCGCCUAUAGAUAAAUAGUUAAUGUAUUCGCUAUUUUUUUGAAAUGUGAAAUCAUUAUUGGAGAAAUUUUUUUAAGGGACUCUUUCUUUUUUUUUUAUAAUAGAAAUUUUAAAUUCGUCUCACUUAAUUUACUUUUUUAACCUGGUUGAUGCAUCGAUUCAAAACUUUCUUGUCGUUUCAUAUCAUCUGUUCUUGUUUUUUUAUUUUUUUCCAGUUUUAUCAUUUUUUUCAGAUUGCUAACCGUUCGCGGCUAGAUUUUUCAUCUAGUUUAUUUUUUAUUUAACAUCGGAGCAAAUUGCAGUAAGUUUUCAAGAACAAGAAAAAUAAAACCUAGAAAUUUUCAAGGUCUUGGGUAG